CCCAGCUUGUGCUCAGCAAACCCAAACAGCUCUCAGAUAGGUCUGUAUGGUCCCACAGUGAAGUCUGCUUGCUGCUGCUGCUUCUGCUUGAAAUCCACUUAUAGCUGCCACGCACUCUAACACCUUGGUCUGGAGUUAGCGCUGGGCUUUAAACUCUCCAAUGUGGAUUCUGUAACUAUCAAGUGGACCCAGAGGAGAUCCAGCAAGAAUGAAGUACAAGAAUCUCAUGGCAAGAGCCUUGUAUGAUAACGUGCCAGAAUGUGCAGAAGAACUGUCUUUCCGGAAAGGUGAUAUCUUGACAGUGAUUGAGCAGAACACUGGAGGACUGGAAGGAUGGUGGCUCUGUUCAUUACAUGGCCGUCAAGGCAUCGCACCUGGAAAUCGAUUAAAGCUUCUCAUUGGCCCUGUUUCAGAGAGCUAUAAACAUGAAAACACGAAACAAGAGGCACAUCCUCAAAAUUUUUUACCUCAGCAAAUCUACCAAGUGCCACAGGCCUCUUACCAAGACUCUGUUUAUCAAGUACCGCCAUCCCAACACAAUCCAACUGUCUAUAAGGUGUCCAGAGGAUACACUUCGGAAGAUAAGAAACCUAUGACAGCUUUACCAGAAAGCAUGGAUAGCUCUCCUGGUAACAAAGUUAAAUGCCAGCCAAGGAUGACGCAAGGUUACAGUCAUGAUUGUACUUCCCGGUGGCAGACAAGCGUCUAUGACAUUCCUCCUACUCGGCCUCAAGGGGUGUAUGAUGUGCCAGCAACUGCGAAAGGUUCAAUGUAUUCAAGCUCACCCACCAAGGAUCAAGGAAUUUAUGAUGUUCCUUCUUCACAAGCGGUCUACAAUACCUUACCAUCCAACAAUGGGAAGAUGUAUGACUUUCCAUCUUCAAGUAAAAAGACAGUAGAACCUACUUAUGAUGUUCUUCCUCCAAGUUCUACAACCUUUUCCCAGGAGAAAAGCCGCAAAGUGAGCAUGGUCGUGUCACCUCCACUAGAAGCUACAAGAAAAUCAAGUGUUUAUGACUUUCCCCGCAGCCAGCAGACUCAACCUCAAACAGAUGAUUAUGACUUCCCUCGAGGAAUUCAGAGUGAAAAUUUUGUUUCAGAUGGCCAAGACGGAGUAUAUGACUUUCCCCCACAGGCCUCAGAGAGAAGCAAAGUGGUACAAGACGUAACUGAUGGUGUUAAUCGCUUGUCUUUCUCAAGCACUGGAAGCACAAGAAGCAAUAUGUCAACAUCUUCCACAACAUCUAAGGAGUCAUCUGUGACUUCAUCUCCUUCCCAAGACCCAAAGUUACUUUUGGAUCCAGACACAGCCAUAGAAAAACUUUUAAGGUUACAACAAAUGGUGGAAGUAUCUGUAACUCAGUUAACAGCUUUUGUUAAUUCAGAAUGGCGCUCUUAUACAAACAUGGAAAGGCAUAUCAAUGAGAUUCAUAGUGCUGUAGACCAUGUUGAGCAGUCUCUGGGUGAAUACCUUCAACUUGCUAAAGGGGCUACAACAAAUGCAUCUUACUUGCAGGAAAAUGGCCUUUAUAAUAAAAUGAGGAGGGAGUUUCAGCGGUUAGAUGAUUCUCAUCAUAUUCUCACUCAAACAUGUCAGGAUCUGAACAGUUGUAACUGGUCUAUAAAUGUGCUUGCUUUCAACAAAGCAAACAACAAAUGUGACAGUCUUGAACGUUUUGUCAUGGUGGCAAAGACAAUCAUAGAUGAUGCCAAGCAACUUACCACCACCAUCACUAUUAAUGCAGAGCUUUUAUUUAAGCAGUCAACUACUAUUUGCCAUAAAAAGAGACCAUCGGAUUCCAUCAGUUUUAGCACAGACUACAUGUGCAACAUACCUCAGCCUCAGAUUAUACAAGAUGAUAUACAGAGCAAGAUGCUUCCCCACAUGUUAAAAGAGCAAUCUUCAAAAUUCAAAAAUCGCGAUGGUUCUUUAAAGAGCUGGAUGGAUGACUAUGACUAUGUGCAUUUACAGGGGAAAGAGGAGUUUGAAAGGCAGCAAAGGGAACUUUUGGAAAAGGAAAAUAUCAUCAAGCAGGGAAAACCACAACUGGAACAGUAUCAGCUGAACCAGUUCCAGCAGCUGGAGCGAGAGAUUACUGCGCCUGUGGAAAACGAUAUGACGAAGUGGAAAUCAUCCCAUGACAGUUCUCUUGUACCACAAGAAAAACGACUGCUGUCUUUUUACGCAAACCAGUGUGAGACUCUCUUCAUUUCCCUCCUUAAUGCAAUUGAUGCCUUUUUCAACUGCAUGAGUUCAGGGCAACCUCCACGGAUAUUUGUUGCCCAUAGUAAGUUUGUCAUCUUGAGUGCACACAAACUCGUGUUUAUUGGGGACACACUGGCCAGGCAGGUGGUCACACAAGACAUAUGUAAGAGACUAAUGAAUUCCAGCAACCAACUUUGUGAACUUCUAAAGACAAUUGUAAUGGCUACCAAAAUGGCUGCGCUAAACUAUCCAAGCUCCAGUUCUUUGCAAGAAAUGGUGGACAGAGUAACAGAGCUGUCUAAUCAAGCACAACUCUUUAAACUGUCUUUGGCACAGAUGGCAUCCUUAUGAAAAAAAUCCUGUAUAUUAUGUAUAUAUUGCAGCCCACAUAAAAAGAGACUUAUUCAGUGUAAAUAUAUUUUUGUAGAUAUUUUCCUAUAUUGAUAAAAAGCAAUUACUGUGGCAAAAGAGUAUUAUAUAUUUUGAUUAUUUUAUGAUAUUAAACUAACAUGUAUGUUACAUGGCAAACAUUCCUCAUAUAUUUCCCAAGAAGCACCUUAAGUUUUGUGGAAAGCAGUUUUAUGGUUUACUGUAGAUGAAUUUCAAAAUGUUAUUUUUUUAAAUUGACUUGUAGGGGGGGGGGAGGUCAUAGAUUAUGCAGUGCACCAUUUUGACACCAAUUCACUUGGUACCCCAAAAAUAUUCUUGUUGGCAGCUCCAGGAGUGAUAUUACAAGAUUAGAAACCAGAAUGUGUCUUCUUGAGAGUUGCACUGUCAUUUUAAAUACCGUAGUUAUGUUUACAAAGAAAAAUGAACAUAUUUAUACAGAACUAUGCUUUGAUGUGUUUUUAUUCUUUAUAUAUUUUUUUAUGUUGUACAUUUUUUUUAAUAUUGUACAUUUCACUGCCAGAGACCCACUUCAUCAGCAGAAAAAAUGUGUUAAAUAUCACUACAACUGCAAAAAAUAAAAACAAUUUAUAUUUAUUGAACAUUUUAAUAUCAAUAUUUAAGGACCUUGUUAAUUGUAUAAGAUGCAACAAUAGAUGUAUUUAAUUGGAAAAAGGAUUGGAAUCCCUAUAAACAAACAUACAUGGCUGGGUCCCAGAGACAUGCCUUUUGCCAACCAUUUGAUAUAUGUAAUGUUGUUGCACUGAAAACGGGUGCAUUUGCUUACACCCUACCAAAGUUCAUCACAAGUGUCCUCCCUGCUAUAAACAUUGGGCAGUUGUGUGUUAUUUUAUUCUUUGUGUAAUAAUUAACGUUGCAUUUCAACACAUGCAGCAAUCAUAUCUUUAGUUGUAGGUGCUCCAGUGUCUUCAACUUUUUCCUACAUACUCAGCAACUGCUUCUUUCUUAAGGAAAAUGGAUCUUUGAUUGAUUAGAGAAGAGGUAUCAGUUCUAUUAUGUUGCAGCCCUUAAGAGAACAUGUAAGGGCAGAUUUAUUAAAGAUCAAACUAGGGAAUCCAGAAGGAUUCCAGGAAAGUGUUAACAAUAAUAUAUUGAUAUGUUAAAUAUUCAUUUAUUUCAAUGUCUUGACAACUUUGAGCAGUCCAACACAUACAUUUUUAGGGGUGUUAGUGCUGCUGAGCUACACAGAGUACUAACACCCAUCUCAUUUGUAAAUCCUUUGCGCAAACUGUAUGUGGGGUUUACCAAUUUGGACAAUCAAGAAAUGAUAAAAGUCCCCCAGUGGGACCAAAACGUUGGAAUUUGUAGCACGGUGGUGAAAUAAAAAUAUAAUUACUAUUAACAGAAUAUGGAGUGCUGGUCCCCUCUCUUCUUAUAUACAUAUUAAUAUAUAAUUGGAUCUAGUUCAGUAAAAAACCUUUGGAGAGCUAAACAAAACAGUAGCAACUGUUUAUUAGCAUAAACUAAUGGGCAAUGAAAAGAAUCUAAUAACCAUAGCUAGGAAAACAAUGUGAUGUUUUUCAAUAUUUUCAAAGGGAAAUCUGCAAAAUAUGUUCACCUUCCUACAUACAUUCUUAUUGUAAAGAAUAUUUUUAUUCAUUAAAAUGUUUUUCUUUGUGAA